AAAGGGGGCGGGACUUGAAAACUUAAAAGCUAGGUGAACCAAUAUAAUUUAUCAACCCUAGUACCCUUAAGGCAAGAUGUUGUGUGAAUCUACAGCAGACAACUCUACACAGGCAUUGGAGAGAGGAUAGGGACAAAUUGUACAUGAGGUGAACCAUGCUGUCAAGAAUAGGCCUGAAGUUCCGUGUGAUACAGCCUGCGGCUGUGAGGUUCGCCAGCACUGCUGCAGAGCCUCAGUAUGGGGUGAAAUCCGAGGAAGUCUUCAAACGGGAGGAACGAUACGGAGCCCACAACUACCACCCACUCCCUGUGGCACUGAGCAAGGCCAAGGGUGUGUUUGUCUGGGAUGUGGAGGGGAAGCGAUACUACGACUUCCUGAGUGCUUACAGUGCAGUCAACCAAGGUCACUGUCAUCCCAAGAUCAUCCAAGCUCUGAAGGAACAGGCUGACAAGCUGACUCUUACCUCGCGAGCAUUCUACAACGAUGCCCUUGGGGAGUAUGAGGAGUAUGUGACCAAACUGUUUGGGUAUGACAAGGUCCUACCCAUGAACACAGGUGUGGAAGGUGGGGAGACUGCCUGCAAGCUGGCCAGGAAGUGGGCUUACAAUGUGAAGGGUGUUCCUGACAACCAAGCUCGUGUUGUCUUUGCCCACGGGAACUUCUGGGGGCGGACGUUAGCAGCCAUAUCCAGCUCUACUGACCCUGACAGCUUCGCUGGGUUCGGUCCAUACAUGCCUGGGUUUGACCUCAUUCCAUACAAUGACCUUGGAGCACUGGAGAAAGCUGUGAGUGAUCCAAACGUGUGUGCAUUUAUGGUGGAGCCCAUCCAAGGAGAAGCUGGUGUUGUGGUGCCACACGAGGGGUACCUUAGGGGAGUCCGUGAGCUCUGCACCAAACAUAAUGUCCUGUGGAUUGCAGAUGAGGUGCAGACAGGACUUUGCAGAACUGGCCGUCGUCUCUGUGUUGACCAUGAAGAGGUCCGUCCUGAUCUUGUUGUGUUGGGCAAGGCACUGUCUGGUGGAGUUCUGCCUGUGUCCUGUGUACUUGCUGAUGAUGAGGUGAUGUUGACCAUCAAGCCAGGCGAGCAUGGCUCGACCUACGGAGGGAACCCCCUGGCCUGUAAGGUUGCCAUUGCUGCACUGGAGGUACUUGAGGAGGAGAAGCUGUCAGAGCGUUCAGAGCACCUUGGCCAGAUUCUGCGUGCUGAGCUCAGCAAACUGCCCAGUGACAUCGUCACUCUGGUGCGAGGAAAAGGGCUGCUGAAUGCCAUCGUGAUCAAGGACACUCCAGAGUUUGACGCAUGGAAGGUGUGCCUGCGUCUCCGUGACAAUGGUCUCCUGGCCAAGCCCACCCACGGUGACAUCAUCCGUUUCGCCCCACCCCUUGUUAUCACUGAGGACCAGCUGAAAGAGUGCAUCAGCAUCAUCUCGGAUACCAUCACCUCCUUCCGUCAGUAAAGGCCUGCAUAGACCAUCUGGCAGAUAGAAAGGGAUAAAAAGAAAGCUUCUGAAAGAAGUCAUGUCCUACUCUUAAAGAUGACCUGAUAUAACACUAUGUUGUGAAGUAUCUGUGUUGUUACUUGUGCCCUCAAACAACUAGUAGCAAGUUAGCUAAUCGUCACAGAUGGAUGAAGCAGUAAAGAACAAUCACUAAGAUGGAUAAAUUGUUAACAUUGCCAUGAUGACAAAUAUUAAUUGACACAAAGAGGUGUAGUAAAUAUGUCUUCUCUACUAUGUUGGUAAAACAAUCUAACAGUUUUUUAGGGUUGUGUUUCUUAUGGACAAAAGAGCAUAUCCUAGUUUCUUGUGCACAUAUGAGUAAGUCCCAGUACAGUACAGUACAGUACUGUGUUUAGGUGAGAACUUCUCAUUAACAUGACCUGGAUGCACAAUGGUUGUGAAAAUCCUUGUUUACAUGGAGAAAUCAGUGGGACUGAAGAUAGAAUAAAUCUGAAUUUUGUAAGUUUUGGUUACUAUGACAUUAAUAACUGUUGAUAAUGAUAAAAUCUAAGUCACUUGCAACAUUUUUUCUGUUACAUUUUCAUAAAUAAUCACUGAAAAAUAAACUGUACCUGUUGCAAUAGUCCAUCUUUCUAGCCUGUGUUACACAAUCUCCUGCUGUCAGGGGCCACUAGGAGUAUCAGUGAUGUUAGUGCUGCAGUCAAACCAUCAGUCUGUCGGGGGUGGGCUGGGAAUUCUGGAAUUGGUUUGGUUAUUGGGUGGAGCGACAGACUAGAUCAUGGAUGUCAAAGAUGGCAAUAGAAAAAUUACUUGUAGAAAAAAAAGGACUGUAAUAUUAACAUGUCUAAUCAGUUAUGGGUCAUCCCAUGGAGUAAAUGUAGAAUAUAGUGUCGUUUUGAUACAGCAGAUGAUUAUACACAUUUCUGAUAAAUUGUGUUCUUUUAUGUUUUGAUUGUAGUCAAUUAUGUCACAGUGUUAGUCUAUUAGGUUUUAAUUGAUGGAUAUCAAGAAAAAAAAUUGACUGUGAAUAUUGUAAGAGUCCCAAUAACUGAUGUGCCAGAACUUUCCAUAACUUUGAUGUAACUGGAGAUACAAACAUUACAGAAUAAAACAGUCCAGAAGGAGAAC